GGCGGCCGCGGUUUCCUUGAUAGUUCGAAGAGGCUGAGGGUAUGGUGGCGGUACGGGUCCACUCGGGGCUGCUCUCCGCCUCGCGCUCUCUGGGCGCGGAAACGUCACGAGGUCACCCACCAUCUGGUGUGGAGCCUAGGAUCUUAUGGAGGCCAUUUGGAUUCUCAAGAAGACUUCUCAAAGUGGAAAGCUGUAGAAUAACUGAAGCAGAAUCAUUGAGUCCACUAGCUUGGGCAUCACUGAUACAGAAGCUUAGCAGAACACCUGGUAUUUUCUUGUUGGCUCAAAGAAAAAUAUUCUCAACCAUGCCUGAAAUAGAAACAAAUCAGAGAGACUCUGAAUUGUUUUCACCCCCCUCUGAUGUUCGAGGAAUGACAGAACUUGAUAGAACAGCUUUUAAAAAGACAAUCACCAUCCCGGUGCUUAAAGUGAGGAAAGAAAUAGUCAAUAAAUUGAUGCGAUCCCUUAAAAGGGCAGCACUGCAGCGCCCAGGCAUAAAACGUGUGAUUGAAAAUCCAGAAGAUGAAGAAAGUAGACUAAUUAUGUUGGAUCCCUAUAAAAUGUUUACUGAUGAUUCCUUUGAGAAGGGAGAACUCAGUAUUUUAAAGCAGCUGAAUGUCAGUCCACAGAUAUCUAAAUAUAACUUGGAACUAACUUAUGAAAACUUUAAGUCAGAAGAAAUCUUGAAAGCUGUGCUUCCUGAAGGUCAAGAUGUGACUUCAGGGUUUAGCAGAGUUGGACAUAUUGCCCACCUGAACCUUCGAGAUCAUCAACUGCCUUACAAGCAUUUAAUUGGCCAAGUUAUGAUUGACAAAAAUCCAGGAAUCACCUCAGUGGUAAAUAAAAUUAAUAACAUUGAUAAUACCUACCGAAAUUUCCAAAUGGAAGUGCUAUCUGGAGAGGAGAAUAUGAUGACCAAGGUUCGAGAGAACAACUACACUUAUGAAUUUGAUUUUUCAAAAGUCUAUUGGAAUCCUCGUCUCUCCACAGAACACAGCCGUAUCACAGAACUUCUCAAACCUGGGGAUGUCCUAUUUGAUGUCUUUGCUGGUGUUGGGCCCUUUGCCAUUCCAGCAGCAAAGAAAAACUGCACUGUAUUUGCUAAUGAUCUCAAUCCUGAAUCCCAUAAAUGGUUACUACACAAUUGUAAAUUAAAUAAAGUGGACCAAAAGGUGAAAGUCUUUAACUUGGAUGGGAAAGACUUCCUCCAAGGACCAGUCAGAGAAGAAUUAAUGCAGCAGCUGGGACCACUGUCAAAAGAAAGAAAACACUCUGUGCACAUUGUCAUGAACUUGCCAGCAAAGGCUAUUGAGUUUCUCAGUGCUUUCAAAUCACUCUUAGAUGGACAGCCAUGCGGCAGUGAGCUUUUUCCCAUUGUGCACUGUUACAGCUUUUCCAAAGAUGCUAAUCCUGCUAAGGAUGUUCAGCAACGAGCUGGAACUGUGUUAGGCAUCUCCUUGGAGGCAUGCAGUUCAGUUCACCUAGUAAGAAAUGUGGCCCCUAACAAGGAAAUGUUAUGCAUCACUUUUCGGAUUCCUGCUGCUAUACUUUACAAGAACCAGACCCUAAAUGGAGACAAUCAUGAAGAUCCACCUAUUAAACGCCAGAGGACAGAUAAAGACUUUUAGGAAGAAAAAACACAAAUUGCUUCAAUCACCUAAUUGGAAAUAUUUUCUCCAGCUCCCCACUAGACCUUUAUGUAGUGAAAUAUCAUUUGUAUGAUUUCUAUAUUUUAGCAUUCAGUUACUUUAGUAUUGAACCCUUAUAUUUUGCCCUAGCUGUCUUAUAAAUUGGGGAUUAUCAAUUAAAAUUUAAAUAAGUCUACUAAAUACAUUUUUAUGCUAUAAUUAUAAUUUUAUCAUCAAAUAUAUCUAAUAUUUUAUUAGAUAAAUAUAUUUAAAUAUUGUCUUUC